CCUCGAGUCAGCGCGUGCUUUGUUGGACGCUCACGCGGAUCCCGAAAGGCAGGACCUGCAUGGGGAAGAUGCUCGCUUUCUUCUGGCGCGAGGAAAGUCGGAUGACGAUGCUAUUUUCCAUCUGCUUUUGCGGCCGCUUUUGUUGAGUGGACUAUUUGCUCUUUAUUCGCACUUGAUCCAAAGCUUGCCAGGGUCAAUCAGUAUGUAGAAAAAAUCUUUAUCCAGCAUUCUGUUUAUAAUGUCACGUGGUUAGGUUAUUAUCCUUGUUUACGUCUCUAUUCUAUUUCUAGUACCCAAGUAGAUCAGUAGAAAUCCGAUCCGAAGUUGUUGUAUAAUCGCGUCCUCGGAGAAGAACAGUUCAAGGUUCAACAUGUUCAUAUGUUUGUCUCCGUACAAGGUUUGGAGCUUAUCGGUCGGACUUUACUUGUUAGUGAGUGUUGAGUGAAAAGCCACAUCUGGAUACCUCUAAUGCCGAUGACACACGAAGUUGGCGCCGGAGAUUCACCUGAGAAAGAAAGAGAGCGUAAAAGCAGCAAGCCGACAAUCGAGAUUGCAACGCCGACGCAGCGGCUGGAGCACCUCAAGCGGACCAACCUGAACGGCGAGACCCUUUUGCACAUGGCAGUCCUGCAUGGUCGCGCUGCACUUGUCCGCGCG